CUAUUUGACGGCCACUUUGAUACUAAAAUAGGCCCCAAGGUAGAAAGUGAGAGCUACAGAAGGAUCGCUGCCAGUAUUGGGUGCGCCACCAACAACAUCCUCUUCCUGACGGAUGUCACUCGAGAAGCCAACGCGGCCGAGGAAGCAGAUACUCACGUGGCUGUGGUGAUCAGACCAGGCAACGCAGGACUGACAGACGAUGAGAAAUCAUAUUACAGCCUCAUCUCAUCUUUCACUGAACUCUUCCUACCUUCCUCCACUUAG